UUCCCUCCCGCCUUCGGCCAGCAAGCCUCGCACCGAGUAUGAAAGGGGAAGGGGGCGCGCGCGCAGGCGCGCGCGCGAUGCACGUAGCGCGCGACUGACGCAUAAUAUGUGGGCCAUUCUGGAGCCGUGGUCGCGCUGUGUGUGAGUGAGGGAUAGUGCGGGACCUGAGGCGGUGUGUGUGAACUGUGGCCGCUGGCGGGGUCCGGGGCGAGCGGCAGAGCCGCAGGGGAAGAUGAGGAAAUUGAGAUUUGGAGAAGUUAAAUAACUUGAUCAAGAUCUUGCAGGUAUCUUCAGAAGAGUGAACAAUCCUAGAGCACCUGGUGUGAUCCCUUUUCACACCAGAAAGGCCAAGCCAUGACGACGGUAGCGGUGCAUGUGGACUCCAAAGCUGAGCUCACUACACUGCUGGAGCAGUGGGAGAAGGAACAUGGCAGUGGGCAGGACAUGGUGCCUAUCCUCACCAGGAUGUCUGAAUUGAUUGAAAAAGAAACCGAAGAAUAUCGUAAGGGGGAUCCAGACCCAUUUGAUGAUCGACAUCCUGGUCGAGCUGAUCCAGAGUGUAUGCUGGGCCACUUGCUGAGAAUACUCUUCAAGAAUGAUGAUUUCAUGAAUGCCCUGGUGAAUGCGUAUGUGAUGACAAGCCGAGAGCCCCCCUUGAACACUGCAGCUUGCAGGCUUCUGCUGGACAUCAUGCCAGGCCUGGAGACUGCUGUUGUUUUUCAAGAAAAGGAAGGAAUUGUUGAAAAUCUUUUCAAAUGGGCCCGAGAGGCUGACCAGCCGUUGAGGACAUACUCCACUGGACUGUUAGGAGGAGCUAUGGAAAACCAGGACAUCGCUGCCAACUACAGGGAUGAGAACUCACAGCUGGUAGCAAUAGUACUUCGAAGACUUCGGGAGCUACAGCUUCAGGAGGUGGCUUUGCGGCAAGAAAGCAAGCGUCCCAGCCCACGAAAGCUCUCCUCGGAACCCCUUUUGCCUCUGGACGAGGAAGCUGUGGAUAUGGACUACGGUGACAUGGCUGUGGAUGCCGUGGAUGGCGUGCAGGAGGAAGCCUCUGGAGACAUGGAGAUCUCCUUUCACCUUGACUCGGGCCACAAGACCAGUAGCAGAGUGAACUCAGUGACCAAACCCGAGGAAGGAGGCUUGAGGAAGAACAAGUCAGCAAAACAGGGUGACAGAGAGAACUUCAGGAAAGCCAAGCAGAAGUUGGGUUUCUCAUCCUCUGAUCCAGAUCGCAUGUUUGUUGAGCUGUCUAACAGCAGCUGGUCAGAAAUGUCCCCCUGGGUGAUUGGCACCAAUUACACUCUUUAUCCCAUGACUCCUGCUAUUGAACAGCGGCUCAUCCUUCAGUACUUGACCCCUCUGGGAGAGUAUCAGGAGUUAUUGCCCAUAUUCAUGCAACUUGGAUCACGGGAGUUGAUGAUGUUCUAUAUUGACCUGAAACAGACUAAUGAUGUCCUGCUUACGUUUGAGGCACUUAAGCACCUAGCAUCUCUCCUGCUCCAUAACAAGUUUGCCACGGAAUUUGUCGCACAUGGUGGAGUACAGAAAUUACUGGAAAUCCCUCGGCCCUCUAUGGCUGCAACCGGUGUGUCCAUGUGCUUGUAUUACCUGUCCUACAACCAGGAUGCCAUGGAAAGAGUUUGCAUGCAUCCCCACAAUGUUCUGUCUGAUGUGGUGAAUUAUACCCUGUGGUUAAUGGAAUGCUCUCAUGCCUCAGGGUGCUGCCACGCUACCAUGUUCUUCUCCAUCUGCUUCUCCUUUCGGGCUGUGUUAGAGCUCUUUGACCGCUAUGACGGUCUUCGUCGACUGGUGAACCUGAUCAGUACUUUGGAAAUUCUAAAUUUGGAAGAUCAGGGUGCACUUCUGAGCGAUGAUGAAAUAUUUGCUAGCCGCCAAACCGGGAAACAUACCUGUAUGGCAUUGCGCAAAUACUUUGAGGCUCACCUGGCUAUUAAGUUGGAACAAGUGAAGCAGUCACUUCAGAGGACUGAAGGUGGCAUUCUUGUCCAUCCUCAACCCCCAUACAAGGCAUGUUCAUACACUCACGAGCAAAUUGUGGAAAUGAUGGAGUUUUUGAUAGAGUAUGGCCCCGCACAGCUCUACUGGGAACCCGCCGAAGUCUUCCUCAAACUGUCUUGUGUCCAGCUCCUGUUGCAGCUCAUUUCUAUUGCCUGCAAUUGGAAGACCUACUAUGCAAGGAACGACACUGUGCGCUUUGCUUUGGAUGUCCUGGCUAUUCUUACUGUUGUGCCAAAAAUCCAGCUGCAGUUGGCAGAACCAGUGGAUGUGUUGGAUGAGGCUGGCUCCACUGUCUCCACUGUAGGUAUUAGCAUUAUUUUGGGAGUGGCUGAGGGUGAGUUCUUUAUCCAUGAUGCUGAAAUUCAGAAGUCAGCACUUCAGAUUAUCAUCAAUUGUGUGUGUGGCCCAGAUAACCGAAUUUCCAGUAUUGGCAAAUUUAUCUCUGGAACUCCUCGGAGGAAGCUGCCUCAAACACCCAAAAGCAGUGAGCACACGCUGGCCAAGAUGUGGAAUGUCGUCCAGUCCAACAAUGGCAUCAAGGUGCUUCUGUCCUUGCUGUCCAUCAAGAUGCCCAUCACAGAUGCAGACCAGAUCCGGGCCCUGGCCUGCAAGGCUCUGGUGGGCUUGUCUCGAAGCAGCACUGUCAGGCAGAUCAUCAGCAAGCUGCCCCUUUUCAGCAGCUGCCAGAUCCAGCAGCUGAUGAAGGAGCCUGUGCUGCAAGACAAGCGCAGUGACCAUGUCAAGUUCUGCAAGUAUGCCGCUGAGCUCAUCGAACGGGUGUCAGGAAAGCCACUUCUCAUUGGCACGGAUGUGUCCCUGGCACGACUGCAGAAAGCAGACGUUGUUGCCCAGUCAAGGAUCUCCUUCCCCGAGAAGGAGCUGCUUCUGUUGAUACGAAACCAUCUCAUUUCUAAAGGGCUUGGGGAGACAGCAACUGUGCUGACGAAAGAGGCUGACCUGCCCAUGACCGCUGCCUCCCAUUCUUCUGCCUUCACCCCAGUCACUGCUGCUGCUUCUCCUGUCUCUCUUCCCCGAACCCCUCGCAUCACCAAUGGCAUUGCAACUCGACUGGGUAGCCAUGUGGCUGUGGGUGCCACUGUCCCUCCUGCCCCUGCUGCCCAUCCUCAGCCACGGCCCCCCCAGGGUUCACUGGCUCUGCCUGGCCCAUCUUAUACAGGCAACUCCCCUUUGAUUGGUAGGAUCAGUUUUAUCAGAGAGAGACCAUCACCCUGCAAUGGCAGGAAAAUCAGAGUAUUACGGCAGAAAUCAGACCAUGGCGCUUACAGCCAAAGCCCAGCCAUAAAAAAGCAGUUGGACAGACAUCUUCCUUCCCCACCUACGCUGGACAGCAUCAUCACAGAAUAUCUUAGAGAGCAGCAUGCACGCUGCAAGAACCCAGUUGCCACCUGCCCACCUUUCUCUCUCUUUACUCCUCAUCAGUGUCCUGAGCCAAAACAGAGGCGGCAGGCUCCAAUAAACUUUACCUCAAGGUUGAACCGCAGGGCAUCGUUUCCCAAGUACGGCGGGGUGGAUGGCGGGUGCUUCGACAGGCACCUCAUCUUUAGCAGGUUUCGCCCUAUUUCAGUGUUCCGGGAAGCCAAUGAGGACGAGAGUGGCUUCACCUGUUGUGCAUUCUCAGCUCGGGAGCGGUUCCUGAUGCUUGGCACCUGCACUGGGCAGUUAAAGCUCUAUAAUGUGUUCAGUGGACAGGAGGAGGCCAGCUAUAACUGUCACAACUCGGCCAUCACACACCUUGAACCUUCUAGGGACGGGUCCUUGCUGCUGACAUCUGCUACGUGGAGCCAGCCUCUGUCUGCACUUUGGGGAAUGAAAUCAGUGUUUGAUAUGAAGCAUUCUUUCACAGAAGAUCACUACGUCGAGUUCAGUAAGCACUCUCAGGAUCGGGUCAUCGGCACAAAAGGAGACAUCGCCCACAUUUAUGAUAUUCAGACUGGCAACAAGCUGUUGACUCUGUUUAACCCAGAUCUUGCCAACAACUACAAGAGGAACUGUGCCACCUUUAAUCCUACAGAUGAUCUUGUCUUAAAUGAUGGCGUCCUCUGGGAUGUCCGCUCUGCACAGGCCAUCCACAAGUUUGACAAGUUCAACAUGAACAUCAGUGGCGUUUUCCAUCCGAAUGGGCUGGAGGUCAUCAUUAAUACUGAGAUUUGGGACCUUCGCACUUUCCACCUUUUACACACAGUUCCUGCUCUGGAUCAGUGCCGCGUGGUGUUCAACCACACGGGGACAGUGAUGUAUGGAGCUAUGUUGCAGGCAGAUGAUGAAGACGAUUUAAUGGAAGAGAGGAUGAAAAGCCCCUUUGGGUCGUCCUUCCGAACAUUUAAUGCGACCGACUACAAACCUAUAGCCACCAUUGAUGUGAAGCGGAACAUCUUUGACCUGUGCACGGACACCAAGGACUGCUACCUCGCUGUCAUCGAGAACCAGAGCAGCAUCGACGCCCUCAACAUGGACACCGUGUGCAGGCUGUACGAAGUGGGCCGGCAGCGCCUGGCGGAGGACGAGGAUGAAGAGGAGGACCAGGAAGAAGAAGAACAGGAGGAAGAAGACGAUGAUGAAGAUGACGAUGACACCGAUGAUCUAGAUGAUCUUGACACUGACCAGUUGCUGGAAGCGGAGCUGGAGGAAGAUGACAACAACGAGAACGCAGGGGAGGAUGGGGACAAUGACUUUUCUCCCUCUGACGAGGAGCUAGCAAAUCUUCUAGAGGAGGGAGAGGAUGGGGAGGACGAAGACUCUGAUGCAGACGAGGAAGUGGAACUGAUUCUGGGGGACACUGACAGCUCGGACAACUCCGAUCUGGAAGACGACAUCAUCUUAUCUCUGAAUGAGUGAGGCGCCAUCACCAUGUGGAAGGUUCUUGGCAGGCGAGAAACUGAGUCAAACGAGUUCACAACACCUUCCCUCCCCUUCCUCCCAGGGCUGUCUCUUAAGGAACUGCGUGGCCUGCACUCAGGACUGUGGCCAAGUCUCCCUGGGGCCCAAGGACGCUUCAUGAGUCACCACCACAGAAGACAGCAGGGGUCGGGCCCUGGUCUGCUUCCCCUUCCUAGGAUGGACCUGUCUUUCCUCAAGGGGGAAAAAAAAGUCUCUGGGGUUAUUUCACAAUAUAUUUUCUUUGUAUAAUGUCCUUUACUUAAAGAACAAGAAAUAGUUUUUUAGAAAACUUAAAAAGAAAAAAAAAAUUUAGGCAUUUAUAACUGAGGGUAUGAACUUAUAUCCACCAGGUCCUUGUCCCACUUCAUUUUCUAUGGAAGAAAAUGAUGUCUUAAGAACAAUAUAGAGGCAUUUUUACAUACGUAUUUAAAUGAAAAGGAAAAUCGUGGUUUCUUAAAUUGAUAAGGAUUAAGAAUAUUUUAUUAUAAAUAUAAUAUAUGAUUUUUUAACCUGUUUUGUUGCCUCAUAUGCCGUCAGGUUGCUUUGUUCUCCUGGGUGCCAGAGUGGGAGGAAGGCUGUGUCCGCCCGCCGGCCGUUGCCGACACUCGCCCGCCGGCGUCGGCAGCAAGGGCGCGGACACUGGUUUGUGGAGCUGAGAGAACUUAGGAUAUGAGUUCACUCCCUCUAUUUCUUUGUCCUUCAGUUUUUCAAGAAGCUUUUUUUCCUCCCUUUCUCCCCAGUGUGGAAAUUACAAAUCAAAGGCCUUUUUCUUUAAUGUAAAGUGUAUUUAUUUUAAAAAAUACAAAAUAAACUACAAGUCUGUCUUUGUUUA